GAAGCAUCUGAGCAGGCACCGAGCUGCUGCUACAACGAGUUGCCAAAACUAAACUACAGUGUGUACACUUGAAAUCAAUAAGAGUUUCAAGUCAUCAUGACGGCAUGUAUUAUUCUUGUGAUGGUGUGUCUUGUGAUAUUACCAGCCUCCACGAUCACCGAGUGCCCGAGGGGUACAUACAAGUCAAACAACGCAGAGGUGAGUAAAUGUACCCCUUGCCCGCCUCACUCAACCACGACGGCAGAGGGCAGCACAUCUCCUUCGGCGUGCGAGUGCUUGGAAGGGUACUUUCGUGCAGAGGAUAAAACAUGCAAAGUUAAAAGGUGUCCACGACUUCGAUCACCAUCGAAUGGUCGGAUAAGACCGGAUGUCUGCGAGAACACCUACGAAUCAGAGUGUUCGUUUGAAUGCAACCUCGGCUACGAGCUGUUCGACCCUGCCAACUCUGCCAGACGCCGAUGCAAGGCUAACGGCCUUUGGUCAGGAGACAGAGCACAGUGUCGAAAGGUCAGCUGUGACGAGAUCCCAACACCAACUGGUGGCACGAGGCUUUGUUUAAACCAAGAUGGCUUUCUCGGUGAUGUCUACGGUUCUACUUGCAGCUUUUCGUGUAAAGAUGGCUUCAACGAGGUCGGGGAUAGAGAACGUGAAUGCACUGAGUCUGGAGAGUGGUCCGGGACACCCUUUUCAUGCAGAGCUAUUACGUGCCCCACUUUGCCCUCCUUACGUAAUGGCAACAUUGUACCCGCAAAGUGUGGAGAGAAGCGGCAAAAGGUGAAGCUAGCCUGUGCGUUUAGCUGCGAGGAUGGGUAUAGACUACAGGGCCCUUUGACCAAACGGUGUCAGACCACUGGAAACUGGUCCUCAGACGAACAGGUCGCGUGUGUUGAUGCCAUCCCUCCUGAAAUAACCUGCCCAGAAUUAAUUGUGAGAAAUGCCGAACCCGGACUCUCAUCAGCCGAGGUCACGUGGGAUAUGCCAGUCUACAGUGAUAAUGUAGACGGCACUGACGCCCUCACCGUCACUGUUCAUCCAGCCGGACUCAAACCAUCUCAUCGAUUUGAAAUUGGAUCUGUUCGUGUACGGUACACUGUUACAGACACCGCUGGCUUGAGUGCGGAGUGUUACUUUAAAGUGGUUAUUCUGGAUGUCAUCCCUCCUGAAAUAACCUGCCCAGAAUCAAUUGUUAAAGAAGCCGAACCCGGACUCUCAUCGGCAGACGUCACGUGGGACAUGCCAAUCAUCAGCGACAAUUUGGACGACACAGACGCCCUCACCGUCACCGUUCAUCCAGCCGGACUCAAUCCAUCUUAUCGAUUUGAAAUUGGAACUGUUCGUGUUCGGUACACUGUUACGGAUACAUCUGACUUGAGUGCGGAGUGUAGCUUUAAGGUGGUUGUUAUAGACACACAGCCACCCACGGUAGAAAACUGCCCAGACGAAAUGCAUGAAACGUCAUAUGACAAGAUAAGCGCCGUGACCUGGGAUGAACCACAGUUUACUGAUAACUCUAAAGGGGAUCUCAAUUUGACUCACUCACAUCAGCCCGGUGUGGAGCUAGCUUGGGGAGUACAUAUCGUGACGUAUACAGCAACAGACGCUGCAGGAUUGGAGUCCGAAUGCCGAUUCAGAAUUCGUAUUAGUCCCAAGACCUGUCCCAUCCUGAUCGCGGAAACCCAUACGAGGAUCGCACCGCCAGACUGUAUGGAACGCCAGUUGGACUAUAAAUCCCAAUGUUUCUACGAAUGCGACUGUGGGUUCCAUUUACGAGGAGUAAGUUCUAGAACAUGUCAAGCAGAUGGUACAUGGUCAGACCCAUCAGUGCAAAACACAUGCAUCGAUAUUGAGCCUCCAGAAUUCAUCACUUGUCCCGGUGACAUUUCCCUCCCGACCGAUCUGAAUGAGAACUUUGCUACUAACCCUGCAAACUGGAACCAACCAGAGGCAAGGGACAAUGAUGGAGAGCCGGUCAUCGAGGCGUCACUGUCCGCUACGCAGCAGCGGUUCUACCUGGAUGAAGUAACGGUCAUCACCUACACAGCGCGUGAUGAGACCGGACUCGAAAACACAUGUACUUUCAGUGUUACAGUCAAAGAUGAGGAGCCACCACAAGUUAUCAACUGCCCAAACUCCAUGGCAGUAAAGACCAACAAUCGUCUAGCCGUUGUCCACUGGGAAGAGCCGGUGUUUCAGGAUAACUCCGGGCAUGACGCCUCGGUCAUCUACAACCGUCCGCCCGGGUCCACGUUCUUCUUUGGUCAACCAGAGAGUAUUUGGUAUAUAGCAGAGGACCACGCUGGUAAUACUGCACGGUGUGAGUUCACCGUGUCCGAGGAAGAUUUGGAGCCUCCUGAAUUCCUCACCUGCCCGGAGGACAUUGUGCUCCCCGCCAAUCUCCAUGAAAACUUUACCACAACGACCUGGGACAGACCUGAGGCACGAGACAAUCUGGGAACGCCGACCAUCGAGGCUUCCCCCUCGGCUGCCAAGGAGCGGUUUUAUCUGGAUGAAGUAACAGUGGUCACGUAUACAGCACGAGAUAGGUCCGGACUCCAAACCACAUGCACAUUCAGCAUUACAGUCACAGAUGAAGAGCCACCACAGGUAGUCAGUUGCCCGGGUUCCAUGGUGAUAAAGACCCAGGGCAGUUCUGAAAUUGUCCAUUGGGAAGAGCCAGUCUUCCAGGAUAACUCCGGGAAAGAAGUGACGGUCAUCAAUUCGGACUUACCGUCCGGGUUCACUUUCUUUUGUGGCCUGAUUGAAACUGUUUAUUACAUCGCAGAGGACCAAGCUGGUAAUAAAGCGAUUUGUGAGUUUACCGUGGAUUUAGAUUGUAUGAAUUAGCAAGCACUGGAAUAGUGGUCUGACUUGAUUAAGUAUACUAAGAAGACAGGGUACAUGUCUGAAUUAUGAGUAUAAUGGUCUGACUUCGUAUGGUAGGAAGGCAGGGUACAAGACUGCUUGUCAUAAAAAGAUAAAUAAUUGUAAGUGAAUACAAUUGUUAAGAUCAACCCGAUUGGUUAUUGACUUUAUUAACAGUUGAUAUAAUAUCAGUUAAUCUUCCAGAGAACUAUUGAGUGUCUGUCAAAGAUUAAAGUCCGGUAAUUACUGUGAUUAUUAAAUUAGUGCCUUAAACAGUUUACCAUUCAUGCUGUGGGAUCUUUCUAUCCGGUUUAACCAACUCAAUACACCUUUUUAGUUAAACAUAACGUAAUAAUUAUGUUAACAUUACGAGGCUUAACUUCACCUGUGUUUACACACGUAACGUGGGCUUAAUUUCAUAAAGCUGUUUAGCAGACAAUUAGCCGGGUACCAGUCGCAGCAAUGAUACGUUAAUAUACUGUGCGUACAGGCCCUAUGAACUUGGGCCUCAGGCACAGGAUGAAAACAUCAUCCGAGUUGAUAAUACCUGCCCUGUAGAAAUAUGUUUUAACAAACAAAUAAAUAAAGCUGAGUUUUGAUGAGA